GACACUUGACACAUAAUGUUUGGUGUCAGUUGUCAAUUCAAUAAAUUUGUUUUUUAUUUUGAUUGUGUACGAGAAAAAGUUAUAUUUUUAUUUAUAUAAAAUCAAGUUUAACAAUAAUGGAAUUAUCACAAGUUAGUGAAAAAUCCUGUAAAAUAGAAACAUCAAAUCAUGAGUUAGAUGAUGCUCUUCUGGAUACCAUGAAAAUUGAAAUUAAAGAAGAACCCUUGAGUGAAAGUGCACAGGAUGCAUUUGUUUAUUCGGAUUUAAAAGAAUUACCUGUAAAGAAUGAAAUUGAACAAGACGAGCAGAAGUUUGCACUAUUUGAAGAAAGUCAAGUCGAUGAAAAAUGUUUCCUCCAAGAUGAGAACAAAUUGCAAAUUAUGGAACCAUUAACUAAACCUUCAUACCAUAAAGGAGACUAUAUAAGCAGAUGCAGUGAGGGAAAAACAUUAAGGAAAAAUAAGAAAGUUCAGACUGGCCAAAAAUGUUACAAGUGUGAAAUUUGUUUUAAGCAGUUUAUUGAUAAGAGUAAUUUAAAAAGACAUUUGACAGUGCACACUGGUGAAAAGCCUUACAAGUGUGACAUUUGUUUUAAGCAGUUUACUAGAACAGGUUCUUUGAAAAUACAUUUGAGAUUGCACACUGGUGAAAAGUCUUACAAGUGUGAAAUCUGUUUUAAGCAGUUUAGUCAAGCAGGUGAUUUGAAAAAACAUUUGAGAGUGCACACUGGAGAAAAGCCUCACAAGUGUGAAAUCUGUUUUAAGCAGUUUAGUAUAGAACAUAGUUUGAAAAUACAUUUGAGAGUGCACACUGGUGAAAAGCCUUACAAGUGUGAAAUUUGUUUUAAGCAGUUUAGUAUAGAACAUAGUUUGAAAAUACAUUUGAGGGUGCACACUGGUGAAAAGCCUUACAGAUGUGAAAUUUGUUUUAAGCAGUUUAUUACAGCAAGUAAUUUAAAAGUACAUUUGAGAGUACACACGGGGGAAAAGCCUUACAAGUGUGAAAUUUGUUUUAAGCAGUUUAGUCGAGUAGAUGAUUUGAAAAAACAUUUGAUAGUGCACACUGGUGAAAAGCCUUACAAGUGUGAAGUUUGUUUUAAACAAUUUAGUGAAGCAGGUACUUUAAAAAUACAUUUGAGAGGGCACAUUGGAGAAAAACCUUACAAGUGUGAAAUUUGUUUUAAGCAGUUUACACAGAAAGGUUCUUUGAAACAACAUUUGAGAGUGCACACUGGAGAAAACAAUUACAAGUGUGAAAUUUGUUCUAAGCAGUUUAGUGCAGAACUUCGUUUGAAAAUACAUUUGAGAGUGCACACUGGUGAAAAGCCUUACAAGUGUGAAAUUUGUUUUAAGCAGUUUAGUAUAGAACAUAGUUUGAAAAUACAUUUGAGGGUGCACACUGGUGAAAAGCCUUACAGAUGUGAAAUUUGUUUUAAGCAGUUUAUUACAGCAAGUAAUUUAAAAGUACAUUUGAGAGUACACACUGGGGAAAAGCCUUACAAGUGUGAAAUUUGUUUUAAGCAGUUUAGUCGAGUAGGUGAUUUGAAAAAACAUUUGAGAGUGCACACUGGUGAAAAGCCUUACAAGUGUGAAGUUUGUUUUAAACAAUUUAGUGAAGCAGGUACUUUAAAAAUACAUUUGAGAGGGCACAUUGGAGAAAAACCUUACAAGUGUGAAAUCUGUUGUAAGCAGUUUAGUCAAGCAGGUGUUUUGAAAAAACAUUUGAGAGUGCACACUGGAGAAAAGCCUCACAAGUGUGAAAUCUGUUUUAAGCAGUUUAGUAUAGAACAUAGUUUGAAAAUACAUUUGAGGGUGCACACUGGUGAAAAGCCUUACAGAUGUGAAAUUUGUUUUAAGCAGUUUAUUACAGCAAGUAAUUUAAAAGUACAUUUAAGAUUACACACUGGGGAAAAGCCUUACAAGUGUGAAAUUUGUUUUAAGCAGUUUAGUCAAGCUGGUGAUUUGAAAAGACAUUUGAGAGUGCACAUUGGAGAAAAACCUUACAAGUGUGAAGUUUGUUUUCAGCAGUUUUCGCAGAAAAGUAAUUUAAAAAGACAUUUGAGAUCGCACAUUGGAGAAAAACCUUACAAGUGUGAAAUUUGUUUCAAGCAGUUCAUUCGUAUACAUUCUUUGCGUGAACAUACAAAAGUUCACCCUGGACAAAACCUCUUGACAGUUUAGUAAAACAAGUUAUUUGAAAAGACCUUAGAACAUAAAAUAAACAUUAAGCCCCGUAUUCAUAGUCGGUACUCAAGCCGAACUUGAGGUCGUGCUCAGCCAAGUCGACCUUACGGCAGCGUCGUGCUCAAGUUUUCGAUCUGUUUCAUAAACGAUACUUCGGGUUUUCUCGGUUAAGGUUGUGCUCAAGCAUUGAAAUCUAGGGAAUUUUAGUAAAUUUGACAUAGGACACCAAAUAAAAUGCAGAUUCUGUCAAUUAUCUUUGCAAUAUUUUUAUUUACAUAAUUUGUUUUUUGAAAAUAAAUUAUUUAAAUGCUUAAGUUAAAUAAAAUUUAUUAUAUUUAUACAUAGGGAAGAUAACAUUUUUAUUUUUUCUAAUUCAAUAAUGUGCUAUUAUUUCAGAGGUUAUUGAUAAUCGGUAUAUCCGUAAUCUCUUAUAGUUUUCAUUAUUAUUUGUGUUUGUGAUAAAUGAUUGCAUUGUAAAUUUGGAUCUUUAAAACAAUGGUUUUAUGUAGGUACCUACAUGUAAAUAAUGUUCUGUUUAUACUUAUGUUAAUAUAAAUAUACCUAUGUAUCUAUUUUUAUUUUGGAGUUAAUGUAGGUAUUCAAGAUAAAUGUAUGAUAUUGAAAACAUGAAACUGUUUUAAAUUCUAAAUGUCAAUGCUAUUUGUGAAUAUUGAUAUUACCGCACUAAAAAUGACAAAAUAGUGUGAUAUUACUUUAUUUUUGUUGGGGAGUAAUGGGUACUAAUCAAAUAUUCAAAGAACAUAGAGAAAACACUAGGAGAUACCCUUUAUUUCUCACUGAAAGGAAGGAAAACGGGUGCUUCAUAGUAUGUACCUACCGUUUUAUUAAUGGUGUCGGCUUUCUUCUGUUUAUAUACUUCAUCAGACUUAAAACUACAA